AUGCCCAAAAAGAGGAAUGCUAAUAAUGAUUCCUGGGAUCCAAAGGCGGUCUCAAAGAAGAUCAAAGCAACAAGAGAUACGGAUUUAGAGGAGUUCCUCGUCAUCGGUAUCGAUUUUGGAACGACCUACUCUGGUGUUGGCUGGGCUACAGCGGAAGACUUCGGCAACGACCAAAUUAAUUUCAUUACCAUUUGGCCUGACGCCGACCUGGAAGAGGCGAAAGUUCCUAGCACCUUGGUCUACACACCUGAAGGCACUCUGUCCUGGGGUUACCAGGUUCCCUUUGAAGAUAAAGACCGCCUCUCCUGGUUCAAGCUUUUGCUUCUCCGUGAUGCCGAUCUCCCCAAAGAGAUCAAAGAGUCUGAGCCUCUCUUACGAGCGCGAAAGGUCCUUGAAAAACUUGGGAAAACACCUGUCGAAGUAAUCGCAGAUUAUCUGAGGAAGCUUUGGGAACAUGCUCUCGAAAUCAUUGCUAAGGCACGAUCAUCAACUCUUGUGGACCUCCUCAAAUUCCAUGUGGUCCUCACUGUUCCGGCUAGCUGGAAAGACUAUGCGAGGCGUGCCAUGAAGGAUGCGGCUAAACGUGCUGGCAUAACCUCUGAUCGCCCUGCUGGGGAGACUGUCCUGUCAUUUGCCAUGGAACCAGAAGCCGCGGCGCUCGCCACCAUUUGGGAGAAAGAGCGUCACCUGAAAGAAGAUGACGUUUACAUGAUCUGUGAUGCAGGUGGCGGCACUGUCGACAUCAUUACAUACAAGGUUGGGAGCUUGAAUCCGAUCGAACUACACGAAGCUGCUGGAGGCGAAGCUGGGAUAUGUGGGGGAAUGUUCAUUGAUGAGAAAUUUCGUCUUGUUUGCAAAGCUCGUCUCGGCCGACAUUGGUUCAAUUUAACCCUGAAAGGUAUCGGUGAAAUCAUGCAGUCCCAGUGGGAACAUGGCAUCAAGACAAUCUUUUCUUCCAAGAACGACAAGAAGAAACACAUUAUAAGCGUCCCAGCCGAGGCAUUUGCCACAAAAGAUGACAUGAAUGAUCUAUCUCGAGAACCGAAGAUUAUCGACGGACGAAUUUACUUCUCUGUCUCGGACAUCAAAAAGGCAUUUGAUCAAUCAUUUGCGAAGAUUGGAGAGCUCGUUUCUCGGCAGAUUUCGACGUCUGCCCCUUACCCUGUGACGGCUAUCAUUCUUGUUGGAGGACUUGGCUCAAGCCCUUACCUUUAUGAGUAUUUGUCUACAAAAUACAAGGGUAAGCCAGAGGUCUUGCAGGCUGGUGGAACGAAACCACGCAGCGCCAUCUGUCGAGGAGCCGUCUAUAAGGGCUUUAUGGACAGACUUAACGGAAACCCCACCGGCCUCUCUGCCCGGGCGCACAUGUCCGUGGUUUCGACUAUCUCUAGGCUUAGCGUGGGUGUUGAAAUCUAUCAGCCGUUCAGAAAAGGCUUCCACCGCGAAGAGGACAAGUAUUGGGAGCCUCUUGAAGGUAAAUAUAUCGCACGGCACCAGAUGCGAUGGUACUUGAAGAAGGGGGAUGUGGUCAUGGCGGCUGAACCCAUCAAACACCUUUUCUACCAACUUUUCGGAAACGAAUCAAACAAGACCGAGAUCACCAUCGAACUUCUACAAUGCGAGCUGGACGACCCGCCUAGCCGACGCGACGGAUCGGUCACUAAGAUGGGCUCCAUCCGCUGCCAAAUCAGUCAUUUGGUCAAAGAUUUUGAGGAUUUUGUAUCCGCAGAAUUUGAGACGUGUAAAAAGAUGAGCUACGAAGUGGACAUGGUGCCAUCCGGAGCGUCCACGGUCUUUACUCUGCAUUUCAAAGGCAAGAAGCUUGGAACCCACGAGUGUCAGCUGGAUCUCACCUGA